AUGAUUUUUUUUUUAAAUAUCUAUUUUUUUAAAAAUAUCUAUUUUUUAAAUAUCUAUCUAUCUUUCUUUCUUUCUUUCUUUUUAGUCUACCUCCCAAUAGUUCUUUCUUUCUUUUUUUCUCGUUCUUUCUUUCUGAUUAGUCUACCUCCCAAUAAUUCUUUCUUUCUUUCUUUCUUAAUCCUAUUUCUCUACCUCCCAAUAAUUCUUUCUUUCUUUCUUUUUUUCUUUCUUUUUUUUUUUUUUUUCCCUUCUGUGUUAUUCUUUUUUGUCGUUUCUAUUUUUAAAAUUUUUUUUAAAAUUUUUUCUUUCUUUCUUUUCUUUCUUUUCUUUCUUUCUUUCUUUUCCGUUUCUAUUUCCCUCCCAAUCGUAUUUUAUCUCUUUCUUUCUUUCUUUCUUUCUUUCUUUCUUUCUUUCUUUCUUUCUCCUUCUCUGUUAAUCCUAUUUUGUUUUUCCUUUCCAUUCACCUUAUCAUUUUCUCUUUACUAUCUUUCUUUUUAUUUUUUAAAAUUUCUACUUUAUUCUUUCUUUCUUUCUUUUUUUUUUUCCACUUACCCUUUCCGUAUUUUCUUUUUUUUUUUGUUUCUUAAAUGCUGUCCUUAUGACAAAUGCGCCGAACGCCAAAGAAUCAUUACGAUGGAUCUAGCACCGUCCUUCUUGACCGCCAUUUCUCCGUUGAUUUCCUUACUUUCUGACCAUAUUUCUCGUCUAUUUACAAAUCUCGCUUGCAUCUCGCCUGUCAUCUCGACUAACUCGUUCUUCCUUUUUCUUUCUUUUUCUCCAUUUCUUUCUUAUUUUCCUACUUCGUUUCUUUCUUUCUUUCUUUCUUUCUUUCUUUCUUUCUUUCUUUCUUUCUUUCUUUCUUUCUUUUUUUCCCCUUCUGUGUUAAUCCUAUUUUGUCGUUUCUUUCGAUUUACCUCAUCCUUUUAUAUGAUCACCCUCCCCAAAUCUUUCUAUCAUCUAUCAUUGUUUCUAGAAGAUUUUCUUUCUUUCUUUGUGUUUUAUUUCUUUUUCUUUUAUUUGUCAUUCUUUCAUUUUAAAAAUUGUUUUUUUUUUGUUUUUUUUUUUAUAUCUCUUUAUUAUUUUUAUUUCUUCGCGAUUGGUUCCUUUUCGUUUUUCAUUCCUUUCUUUCCUCUUUCAUUUAUUUUUCGGUUGUAUUAUUUCUAUCAACCUUCGUCCAUUUAUUACCUUUUUCUUUCAUUUCGUUCUUAUUUUUUUUUCAUGUUGUUUCUUUUCCUUCAUUUCUUCCCUUUUUUAUUCAAUUCUUUCAUUUUUUCGCCCAUUCCUAUAUUUUAUCUUUCAUUCAUUUCUUUCAUUCUGUUAAUCUUUUAUUCAAUUUUUAUAUCUUUCUUUCAUUCCAUCCGUUUUUUUUUAUUCAUUUCUUGCGUUUUUGGUUCAUUUCCUUUCUCGUCCAUUUCAUUCAUAUUUGUUUCAAAGAUUUCGUUUUUCUUUUUUUUUCUUUAUUUUGUUCGUCUUUCUUUCGUUUAUUUCAUUUUUCGAUCAUUUCCUAAAAUUCUUUGGUCUUUCGUCUAUUUUUCCUUUUUUGUUCAUUUCUCUCGUUUUUCGAUCAUUUCUUUCAUUUUUAUUUUUCUUCCUCGUUUAUUUCUUUCUUCUUUCAGUCAUUUUGUUCGUCUUUCAUUUGCUUCGUUUUUCGUUCACUUCUUUGGCUUUUUAGUCAUUUCUUACACCUUCCAUUCCUUUUCUUUCUUUCUUUCUUUCUUUUUUUUUGUUGCUUUUCUUUCAUUUCUUUCACUUGUGAUUUUCGUCUACUGUUCUGCAUUUUUCUUUUCUUUUCUCUCUUGA